GGGCACACACAUACGACAAGAAGAGCAAAAAAAAACAACAUUUGUUCGUAGCGAUCCCGUGUAUGUUGUUCGACGGUGUUUGCAGGAAUCGGGUGCGAUUGUUUUGCUAUCUGGCUGCAUAGUUAGCAACUCUCCCUUCUUCCCCACGUCUAAUAGAUCCGGUCCCCCGCCCAGUAGUUAGUGCAAAGUUCGGUACCACCAGCCUCACAGCCAGUGCUAGUUCCGUGUGUUUGUGUGCAGCAGCAGCAGGCUACCCCGUGAGAAAGUGCAACGUUGCGCCUCGUUCCACAAAUCAAGUGAGCUAGGGCGAACUCUACGACGAAGUUGCGGACUGUCCCUAGUAGAGCGGAUCUUUCCUAUCGCCAUCGUCCUAAAACGUUGGUGCUGUAAAGGCGGGUUUCACGGUUUCAUCUGUCCCGGAGCAAAGACAGCUCCGUCGGUGUAGCGUAGCAGCGUCAAAAGCAUCCCCUCCACUUACCAACAAACCAAGUGUCCUCAAUUUUUCAGCACCCCAAGCACUUGCCUCGAUACGUCAACAGACGACGGUGGACAGCGGUCUUUGAUUUUGCAGACCGCAGAUAUUGAGCUGUGUACACUACGUAAUCGAAAAAGGUGCGGCCGUCGCAGCCUCCUUCGCAGCGCUAACACAGCUGUCCACCGUGCCAAGCGAGGGGGAGUUCGGUUAACAUCGCGUCACACAGCAACCAUCGCUCGAGCGAGCCUCCCAGAGCAACGGCUGAAAAGCAACCGAAGGCAGUAGUGUGUACGUGAUUCGGAAAAUUGCAGAAAACAGACCCAGGCCCCUCCAGACCAAGCGUACAAGAUCCAAAGGGGGAAACGUUUGGGCUGAACCAUUUUGGCCGUGGCUGUGAUCAAUCCAACGUAGUAGCGGGUGAACAGUGAACAAUUUCGCGUGCGAUAGAUUAUUUUAGCUUGCGUGCAGCAGCAUUUUAGCGUGUGGAAUCGAAAAACGCAGUUAGAAGAGCUCGCUGCAGCAGCUGUAAACAAAGACAGCCUCCGGUAACGCACCGCCACCAUCAUGUCGAACGCACAGGAGGAAGAGCAGCACCUGCGGGAAUGUGAAUCGUACAUCCAGACGCACUGCAUCCAGCGGUUGCUGAAGGACUGCAUCGUGCAGCUGUGCGUGUCCCGGCCCGAGAACCCGAUCGUCUUUCUGCGGCAGUACUUCCAGAAGCUGGAGCGGGAGCAGGCAAAGCUGGAUGCCAGCAAGCAGGCGGUCACGCCGGACGAUCUGGACGAUCUGAGCCCAAUGCCACAGACGGCGGUGCCGCCGGUACGGCGCCGGGGCGGCAUCUCGGCCGAGCCGGUAACGGAGGAGGACGCGACCAGCUACGUGAAGAAGGUCGUGCCGAAGGACUACAAAACGAUGGCGGCGCUGUCGAAGGCGAUCGCCAAGAACGUGCUGUUCUCGCACCUGGACGAGAACGAGCGGUCGGACAUCUUCGACGCAAUGUUUCCCUGCAACUUUCUGCCCGGCGAGCCGAUCAUACAGCAGGGCGAUGAGGGUGACAACUUUUACGUCAUCGAUAUCGGCGAGGUUGAGGUGUUUGUAAAUAACGAGCAGGUAACGACGAUCAGCGAGGGUGGCAGCUUCGGCGAGCUCGCCCUGAUCUACGGUACGCCCCGUGCGGCCACCGUCCGUGCCAAAACUGAUGUGAAGCUGUGGGGCAUCGAUCGAGACUCGUACCGUCGCAUCCUGAUGGGUUCGACGAUCCGGAAGCGCAAGAUGUACGAGGAGUUCCUGUCGCGCGUCUCGAUUCUCGAGAGCCUGGACAAAUGGGAGCGGCUUACGGUGGCCGAUGCGCUCGAGCCGGUUAGCUUUGAGGACGGGGAAACGAUUGUGAGGCAGGGUGAACCGGGCAACGAUUUCUACAUCAUUGUGGAGGGAUGCGCCACCGUAAUGCAGAAACGUGGAGACAGCGAAGAGGCAGCGGAAGUCGGUCGCCUGGGCCCGUCGGACUACUUCGGCGAGAUUGCGCUGCUGCUUGAUCGACCCCGUGCCGCCACCGUGAUCGCCCGCGGACCGCUCAAGUGCGUCAAGCUGGACCGGGCCCGGUUCGAGCGUGUGCUCGGCCUGUGCGCCGACAUUCUGAAGCGUAACAUUACCCAGUAUAACAGCUUCGUGUCACUGUCCGUCUAAGCAGAACGGAGAUUGGGAGGCGGGCCAACUGCAACAGCAAACAAUUUGAACCGAUCGAGUAGCAGUAGCCGAUCGCCACACCGAACACGGGGAAGCUUAACGGUGCUGGUACUGGGCCCGGGGGCGUGUUGAGUGGCUGAGGUGAUUCUAUUAGUGAUCUGCUGUUGUCUAUUGUGCAGGCUCUUGCCGCCUAUUACUUUCUCGGAGCGGAGUGUGCACACGUGCAGAAGAAAUAGAAAGCAAACAGGUAGACAUUUAUUUUCUUUUUUUCUUCUCUCUUUCGUGAUCAAUUCAAUAUUGUGAGCAUUAGUUCGGGGUUUCCGCUUUUCCUUUCUUGUAUUGGACAGUGAAAAUUUGAACAAAAGUUUCACACAGUUCUAUCAGCUCGGAAACCCCUAAAUCUGCACGCGCCAGAACCGUUCAAUGGUGUUGCACGUGCGUAUAUUUUACUUAAACUUGGUCUGGGAAGAAUAACUGCGUCGUUGCAUGGCACAUAUAUGGCAUGUUACGAUAGAACAAACGCUGUAUUACAAAAUCGGUGUGGCUGGAAGAACGAACGACCGAGGCCGACGAAUGAGUGUGCGAAGGUUGUAGAAAUAUUAGUUAGAAACUCGGGUGCGCUUGCUGCGCGCGCUUGUGCAUAGUAUCGCGAUAGUUUGUCUGCGUAUAAUUUCACGCGUUAACAGCUGUCGUCUCUAUAAAUUAAUGCAAUGAAUUAGUUAAGUAUUUAUAACCGACUAUUUGUGUUAAGUUAGCAGCAAAAACAAAACAAACAAACAAAACAAAAACUUGAACUGGGGCAGCAGAAAAGUUAAGCAAGGAAGGAAGGAGGUAAGGUUCGCGGAAGUGGUAGAACAAAAAAAAGUGCAUCUUGUGUAGAGGAACAACUUUUAUUGGAAAACUAAAAAAAGAA